GUGGUCUGGCCCAGGUCAUUGCUUUGGUUUCAUGGACACCAUGCUUUUCUCUCCCUCUCUGUCCUCCCAACUAUAGUGGAUCAUUCUUGUAAUUCCCACCUCAGGAUUCUUGCACGUAUAUAUUAUUACCACUGCUCAGAAGACUCUUCUUCCACGCUCUCCUUUCCCCCGAGAGGCUAACCCUGCUGAGAUCUCAGCACAGAGGUCCCUGCCCAAGAGAAGUCUUUUCUGACCCUUACAUUUUAAGCCUUUCCAGCUCCCUGUAGAAGUUAUUACAUGUAGUAUUAUCUGACAGUGUGAUUAUUUAAUAUGUGUGUCCCACUAGCCCAUAAACUCCAAGAGUUUACACAGUGCCUGGGACGUAGUAGGUGUCCCCUAAAUAUUUAUUAAAUAAAAGAGUGAAUGAAUGAACAAAUGAGCAAAGAAUAAAAAGAACUAGCAAUAGCCUGCCUGAGACUACCGACUAAAGAUUUCCUAUUAUUAAAGGGAGGUGAAAACAAAGAUAAUUUCAUUGCAUUACGGAAUUCACGCUUGAUUAUGGCUUGUAGAGAAUGCAUUGUUUUCCCAUCAUUAACUUUGGAGAUAAACUCUUAGGCACAGAGAGGUGAAGUAACUUGCCCAGGGCACACAGCUAACCGGUGUCACAUGUCUUCGUUCUGACCUUUGAAUGGUGUGUAGAGAGAAACAUACAUAUUUUCAUAACUCUCCAGCACUCUGGUGUGCUGAGUCUGUAGGAUUUCCAUCAAUAUUUGGUAAUAUUGAUGUUGUCAUGUUGGAAUUUUAAGAACGUCUUUUGAGAAUGCGUGUUAUUUUUAUUUCUUCUUGUACACCAAUGCUUCCAGAAUUAAUUGGGUGACAGUCUAAGAAUACACAGAUAUAUGGCCUGAAGAUGUGUAUGUCCUAAAAGAUGGUGUCCACAAUUAGAAGCAGCUUGUGUUUGGUUCCCACCAGGACUUGGUAGGGACAACCCUCAUCCGCUUGGGGUCUGAGGGUGAGGAAGUCUGUCUGGAUCUCUAGCCUGCCAGUAGGAGAGCAUGUGCGAUUAUCAGAUCCAGUUCCAAAAAUGCCUGAGAUCUCUCAAAAUGAGAAGGGACGCAAGCAAUCCUACAGCCCUCCUAAAUUCUGAGACUCCGUUAAGUGUUAAAAAUUCCCCGGGAUGUGAAAUUACCUCCCUUUCAAGUUCUCCACUAACUAACGCGCAGCCGCUGCAAACCUCAGCCGGUACCUGCAAUCUGGAAGGCUAAGAGAGAGCAUCCCGAGGUGCUCGCCUGGCUGCUGGGUGAACUGUUGGCCUGCCUGGGUCCUUGCAUCGUCCCUUUAGCAGUGUGAGGCAGCAUUUUUGUCCUGCAGGUACAGUAGGUACUGGAUUAAACAGGUCUGCUGUUGAAGACAGACACCAGGCACCGUUCUAGCACGAGCUGUGUUUGGAUUGGAGUUUCCAGGGCCUUAUCAGGAGCCACCCCUAGUGACACAGCCAGUGCCAGAACUAACUUUGACUUUCACUCUUCGCCAAGGGCUUGAAGAGCACCUUAAAGGAAAAAAGAUGGAGGCGCUUAGAGUUCAGAUGUUCAUGCCUUGCUCCUUUGAAAGCUUAUAUCUCAGUUCCGAGGAGCAUCCUGGGGCCUCCAAGCCUCCGAUAAGCUCCUCCAGUAUGACAUCACGCAUCUUGCUACGCCAGCAACUCAUGCGUGAGCAAAUGCAGGAGCAGGAGCGCAGGGAGCAGCAGCAGAAGCUGCAGGCGGCCCAGUUCAUGCAACAGAGAGUGCCAGUGAGUCAGACCCCGGCCAUAAACGUCAGCGUGCCCACCACCACCCUUCCCUCUGCCACCCAGGUGCCGAUGGAAGUCCUCAAGGUGCAGACCCACCUCGAAAACCCCACCAAGUACCACAUACAGCAAGCCCAAAGGCAGCAGGUAAAGCAGUACCUUUCUACCACUUUAGCAAAUAAACAUGCCAACCAAGUCCUGAGCUUGCCAUGUCCAAACCAGCCUGGCGAUCAUGUCAUGCCACCAGUGCCGGGGAGCAGCGCACCCAACAGCCCCAUGGCUAUGCUCACACUUAACUCCAACUGUGAAAAAGAGGGAUUUUAUAAGUUUGAAGAGCAAAACAGGGCGGAAAGCGAAUGCCCAACUAUGAACACACAUUCACGAGCGUCAUGCAUGCAGAUGGAUGAUGUAAUUGAUGACAUCAUUAGCCUAGAAUCAAGUUAUAAUGAAGAAAUCCUGGGCUUGAUGGAUCCUGCUUUGCAGAUGGCAAAUACGUUACCUGUCUCUGGAAAUCUGAUUGAUCUUUAUGGCAACCAAGGACUGCCACCCCCAGGCCUCACCAUCAGCAACUCCUGUCCAGCCAACCUUCCCAACAUAAAAAGGGAGCUCACAGAAUCUGAAGCGAGAGCAUUGGCCAAAGAGAGGCAAAAAAAGGACAAUCACAACUUGAUUGAAAGAAGAAGACGAUUUAACAUAAAUGAUCGCAUUAAAGAACUAGGUACUUUGAUUCCCAAGUCCAAUGAUCCAGACAUGCGCUGGAACAAGGGAACCAUUUUGAAAGCCUCUGUGGACUAUAUUCGAAAGUUGCAACGAGAACAGCAACGUGCAAAGGAACUUGAAACCCGACAGAAGAAACUGGAGCAUGCCAACCGGCACUUGUUGCUCAGGAUACAGGAACUUGAAAUGCAGGCUCGAGCUCACGGACUUUCGCUCAUCCCAUCCACGGGCCUCUGCUCUCCAGAUUUGGUGAAUCGGAUCAUCAAGCAAGAACCCACUCUUGAGAACUGCAGCCAAGACCUCCUUCAGCACCAUGCAGACCUCCCUUGUACGACGACACUCGAUCUCACAGAUGGCACCAUCACCUUCAACAACAACCUUGGAGCCGGGACCGAAAGCAACCAGGCCUAUAGCGUCCCCACGAAAAUGGGAUCCAAACUGGAAGACAUCCUGAUGGAUGACACUCUUUCUCCCGUUGGCGUAACUGACCCACUCCUUUCGUCGGUGUCUCCCGGAGCCUCCAAAGCCAGCAGCCGAAGGAGCAGCAUGAGCAUGGAAGAAACCGAGCAUGCUUGUUAGCAGGCCCUCCCUGCUCUGCGCUGUCCAAAACUGCUUCCUUUCUUGAUUCGUAGGUUUCAUAAUUUACCUGAAGGGGUUUUCUUGAUAAUUUUCCUUUAAUAUGAAAAAUUUUUUUUCAUGCUUUAUCAAUAGCCCAGGAUAUAUUUUAUUUUUAGAAUUUUGUGAAACGGACUUGUAUAUUCU